CGGACAUCCGGCCGAAUCCAAACGGCCGACGGCUAUAUAGGCCGACAGUCAGAUAGCCGAAACUAUUUUAGCCGACAAGGUCAAAAGGCCGACACUACGAAAAGCCGACACUAAAAUAAAUUAAGUAUAAGCUAUACAUUUUCAAUUCGAUAACGUAGUGUUGUCUUUUGUUGUAAUAAUGUUAUCGAUAACUUAUCGAAAUUUAACGAUACCUAAUACCUAUAGCCUGUAAUCUACAGUGGGUAUUGCUAUUGCAUGUUCAUAAAUACUGUUUCAGUUGAUUCGUAACCACGCCGCGUCUUUGCAUUCAUUUUUGUGUCGUUGUUUAAUUUAAUUUAUGUAUUUGCAUUAAAUAAUUAUGGAAUAUAAAAUUGAAAUUUUUGGUACAAAAUUAUUAAUUGACAAUUUUAUCAUGAUUAAAAACAAAAACCGUAACAAUAAAUAUUAUUGGGAAUGUGAAAAGAGGAAACAUACUAAACGGCAUAAUAGUAAUAAUGAAUAUUGUAAUGCAAGAGCAGUAACAAUUCUUGUUGAUGGUAAUCAUAUUGUUAAAGAUAAUUCUUUUUUAAAUCACAACCAUGGGCCUGACCCAUGCCGAUUGUUGGUAAAGAAAAACAUAAAAUAUAUUGUUUCAAAAGCUCUGUCUUCGAGAGAUAAACCUUCGCAAAUAAUACAGGAAGCAACGAGUCGCAUCCCCGUCAAUUCUCAGCCAUACAUGCCAUCAGUUGAAGCAACGCGAAAAAUUAUUUCACGGUGUAGAAAACAUCAGAAUCCACCAGAACCAACAAGUCUUUCACAAAUAGAUAUUCCUCUUAACUUAUGUAAGUCUUUUAAUGGUCAAACAUUUUUACUAAAAGAAAGUACUAUUGAGAGUCACAAAAUAUAUAUUUUUUCUACUAAAGAUGAAAUAUCAAAACUUGUCAAUGCCAAUUAUUGGGUUAUGGAUGGUACAUUUAAAACUGUGCCAAGUAUAUUUUUACAAAUGUACACCAUACAUGCACCUGUUGGUGGAAAUAAUUCUAGAAUUUUGCCAUUAGUAUAUGUUUUAAUGACCAGUAAACAACAAUGUUGUUACGAACGUUUAUUCGAAGACCUAAUAUCAAUUUGUGAUGAUUUCGGUUUCGAUGUUUCACCAAAAUGUAUUAUAACAGAUUUCGAAAAAGCUGCAAUUAAUGCAGCUAAUAAAGUAUUUCCAGAAUGCCAACAAAAAGGGUGUUUUUUUCAUUUAGGCCAAAAUAUUUGGCGAAAAAUCCAGUCUAGUGGAUUGGCUACUAAAUAUGGAGAAAAUGAAGAAUUUAGUUUACAACUUCGAUGUAUGUGGUCACUUGCAUUUUUACACCCAUCAGAUAUACCUAAUGCUUUUGAUCAAUUGAAAGAUUCAUUACCCUAUGACAUUCAAAAUUACUUUGAAGAAAAUUACGUGCAUGGAAAAGUACGAAGGAAAUUUAGAAAUGGAAUAGUAUCUCGAUAUGAGCCAUUGUUUCCACCAUCAUUUUGGUCAAUACAUUUCAAUCAUGAAAACAAUAUUCCAAGGACACAAAACAAAGUCGAAGCAUGGCACAAAAGAUGGAAAGUAUUAGUAGGAGCUGAUCACGUUGGGGUGUAUCGUAUAAUUGAGGAAAUGAGAAAAGAGCAACAACACGUUGUGGGGCAAAUUCAAAUUAUUUUAUCCGGACAAGCAAGGCCAAAACAAAGUUCAAAGUACGUAAAACGUCAAAACCAAAUUCAAACUAUUCUAAAUGAUAAAGAAAACAGAACAACCCUCGAGACAAUAAGAGGUAUUGCAUACAAUUUGCACUAUUAAUUUUUAUUUAUUAACAUUUAACUAUAUAACAUAAUUAUCAAUUAUAAUUUUAUAAACUAUUAGUAUUUUUUAUUUUUUAUGUAUAAAUAUCAAAUUUUUUAAUUUUUAAAACAUAUUAGGAAUAUAAAAUGUACUCAAUAAUAAUUUAUUAGUAUUUUUUAUUUUUAUGUAUAAAUAUCAAAUUUUUUAAUUUUUAAAACAUAUUAGGAAUAUAAAAUGUACUUAUAAUUAUUAACAAUACACUAAAUUUUAUUUUUAAGAAUAAGUAUCACCUAUAUAUAUAUAUCUGUGUGUGUGCAUAAUUUACCUAUCUCAACAUAAAAUUACUUAAUCGGCCAUUUAAUAUGUCGGCCUAAUGCGUGUCGGCCUAUAAAUUUGUCGGCCAUUUAGUAUGUCGGCCUAUUGCGUGUCAGCCAAAUGUCUGUCGACCAAAUGUCUGUCGGCCGAUUGUACCACACCCGGUACAAGGUCCUCAGGGUUGUUGUGGAGUAGGGCAAUUAAUAUAACAUCGAAUAAUAACAAAUGGUUUUACUAUCAGGCGCAUGUAUUAUUGUACAACACGAGCAAUGGGUACAAACAAUUAUAUAACAACAAAUUCAGGGGGGACGGGGAACACCGACUGAGCUGCCUCCCUGGCAGAUGUCUUGAGCUGAUGAACGGCGAUGGCGGAGCUGCUGUACUGGAAUUGCGGAGCUGCUAUGCGGGAGGUUUAAACACCGGUACGAAUGCGUGCACCGACGUGAGGUGGAGCAACGAGUGUUCGCCUGCGUACACGUAUACGCGGUGUAUCUACCGACGUACGCGGUUCAGAACUGAACGACACCGAAACACUAACAAAGAUCAAACACAAUAAAACGGCUAAUCGGCUGAACAACCUCUAGAUGGUAGACCACGUUUUUGCGUCGCACUUUCAAACGGGAAAAGAUGGCGGACGGGCGAGCGAGCCGAGCACAAAACGUAUCGACGAGCUGUCGAAAAACCGUUAAGACGGAGAGUGUGGCGCGGACGACCGAGCUCGCCUGCGCCGAGCACCGGUACCGGUCACCGGUAGUAUUGCCAACCUUGCGGCUGCCGGCGCGCAGCGCACACGAACAUGGUUGAUGCGGCGGUCGGCUGAGCGUGACCACCGAC